AUGGCGUCUUAUCAAGACCCGUGGGCACUAAAUCUCGUGGUAGACGAACUGGGUCAUCCCGGGCAAGACAUGACGAGGCAGACGCCUGGAGAUUCCGGCCUCCAGGACCCACACAUGGGACAAACAGGCGCUAUUGCUCCUUUAAUGGCUGCCAGUUUUGGCCUCGGGCUCUCGUUCGAUGAAUUCACGGACAACGGAGACUCGGAAAUAUCGGCCGCGGCCACGGCAGGUUCCUUUUCUUCUUUCAAGGUCGAGGCGGCAACUCCGAUGAUCGCAGCGAGGACUCCAGAUGAUCCUUUUUCGGAAACAUCACCACCGUCAUCGGCGGCGGCUGGAACAAGUGUGGAGAGAGGGCGGGAGCCGCUUUCGAACACUUCGGUGUCGGCGGGCGCGGGAGGGAUGGGCGGCAGGGGGUUGUGGAAGCAAGGAAGCGGCGGGGCACGCGGGGCCGCGGCCGCCAAGACCGCCGCGGUUAGCAUUCCGGAGUUCGAUAUCUACGGCUUCAACGACACGUCCCACCAGGCGCAGUACGAGCGGAUGACCUUCCUCGAGCUAGCGAAGGCCGACAUGGAGCGCGUCAACCUGGAGCGCGACUUCCUGGACAAGAACGCCCGCUUCGACACCGCAAAGGUCACCCACGCCAUGGUCCACGAGCGGUGGGCGAGGGCGGGAGCGGUCUUCGAGGGGACGUCCAAGGCGGCCAACAUCUACUUCGUGGCGGAGCAGGAGGCGAAAAAGAGGCACGAGGCGGCCUGCCGUGACAAGCGGGUCGCGGAGGCGAGGGUGACCGAGGCCGAGGAGAGAUCGGCGCUCGCCCGGGCGGUUGUCGAGGAGGCCGUGAAGACGCUCGACACAAAACGUGCGGCCAAGAGGAAGGCGGAGGCGGCCCUCCAGCAGGCUUUUGAGGCCAAGGAAGUGGCCGAGAAGAGGGCAGCGGCGCCUGCGUUCGGAACGAGCGGCGGCAGCGGGUUUUCUGGCGAGGGAUCGUUGUCGAACAAACGGAAACGCGACGUCGACGGAUUGCUGCCGCCAUCUACUGCAGUGACAAGAGCGAGCAACAAAUGUGCCGACGUUGAACAAGAUUGUCCGACUAAGGGUCUGGGCAGUGUCGACGAUGUCGACAUGGAGAAAGAGGCCACGGCCGAGGAAGGACAACCCUCGGCAAAGCCCCCCGCGACGACGGGCGUCAACGCCCUGUCCGACGAGCAAGAGCGACAGUUUUACAUGAGAGGACUCAAGAUCGAGCGCCAGAUCAGGGCCAGCGUGGCGUCGCAGGCCUACAACUACGUCGCAGCCAAGGAGGAAACACCGGCUACCACCACCACCACCAUCACCACCAAAGCGGAAGAGCAAGCGUAUUCCGCGGCUGCCGACACCACCACGUCACAACCACAAGCCGCGACCACCACGACCACCGCCGCCCUCGAGCUCGCGCUUGAGGCGGCCGAUUCCGACCUCGCCGCCGCCGACGGGAGCAUGAAGGCCGCCGCCGUCUCCUCGGGGCGUGCGGCCGCCGAGCUUGACUCAGUCAGGCUCGCCCCCGACCUGCAGGGGGCCGUCCGGGCAGUGGCCGAGACCGCCGACGCCCACCAGGACGCUCUGGACAAGGCCGGGCUGUACGUGUCCUGGGUGAACAACGAGGUGCUCGCGCAGAGGGGGCUGCGGGCCUGGUCCGACAAGCUCUUUCGCGCCGCCGUGCUCGCCUGGGACGCUAGGGAGAAGGCCCGGAAGGCGCUCAACAGAGCCGGGGAGAGGAUGUCGAGGGCGGUGUGCCUCCUGCAGGGGUUCCCGCGGGGCGAACAGAUGAACGUGUCCCGCCAUGCCCUCUUCACGGCCGUCGUGGAGAACCAGCACCAGCUUUGCCAGCUCAACGCUCUUAAGCGGGAGGAGGAGGAGGAAGCUGCGUUGAUUGGAUGA